AUGGCUCAUCUCGCUCGCACCUUGACUCGAAGGGUCACCCCCUCAUUGACCUUGCUUCGUCACACACCUACAUUAGGCAACACCAUCUCACUCACCCGCAAACCUCAAACACAAGCCCAACAAACCCUCACCCCCCGCCGAACCUACCACUCAACCCUCCACCCCCGCCUACCCGACCACGAAUACACAAACUCGCAAACAGUCAUCCUGACCGCUGCACUGAAUCAUGUUCCAACCCAUGGGUUCACAGCAGAGUCACUAGCCCUCGGCGCCCGAGACGCCGGCUUCCUCGACGUCUCCGUUCAGCUUCUUCCGCGCGCCGAAUUCGAUCUCAUCCUAUUUUACCUCGCGAGCCGACGUGGGAUUCUUCGCGCCAAAGUCGAAGAAGGGGGCUUAUUCCGCCGUAUUGCGACCGAGAAGGGAAAGGAUGUAUUCGAGCUUAGUGUCGAGGAAAGGGUGCGAGGUUUACUUCUGGAGCGACUGCGAAUGAACCACGAGAUAAAGCAUUCCUGGCAAGAUGCGCUUGCGCAAAUGUCUCUCCUAUCUAAUAUUCCACUCUCAUUGGGCGAAUUGCACGCUCUUGCUUCUGAUAUUCUCACUCUUGCUGGUGACGAAUCCGUCGACGCCAGCUGGUAUACGCGCCGUUUGGCGGUGUCCGCUAUCUAUGCCAGUGCAGAGGUUGUGAUGACACGGGACCCGACGGCAGAUCUUGCGGAAACGGAGGAGUUCGUGGAUCGUCGCUUUGAGGAUCGGAAGGCUAUUGCCGAUAAACUUAUUGGUAUUGGGCAGUAUGCCGGGUUUGGAUGGAAUACUGCAGUUGGACUUGGUCGGAGCUGGGGACUUAAGAUCUAA